UGCGCAUUCAGGGGACCCUAGGCGCAAGGUGCGCAUGUGCACGGGCGGGCGCUCGGUUCGGAGUCCGCGGAAGGCGGCGUGCCGGGUCGGGAUCAUCGCUUUGGUCCUUUUUGCCUCUUGGAAGGUGACAUACAUAUGCAGUUAGAUGACUGAUGACAGAAACUUGAAUCAAAAUGCCUAAUUUCGAACAUCCAGAGUAUCCUGAAGCUACCUUGCUUCACUUGGAAAGUAUGGUGCCCUGUCGAGAAUCCCAAGUGUCAUCACUCAUGUCAAUAUUUGGAGAGCGUCAGCAUUUUAGCUUCCCAUCCAUCUUUAUCUAUGGACAUACAUCUAGUGGCAAGACCUAUGUGAUGCAAACUCUUCUAGAAACGUUAGAGCUUCCUCAUGUGUUUGUGAACUGUGUCGAAUGCUUUACUUCGAGGCUCCUUUUAGAGGAAAUUUUGACCCAGUUGCAGAACCUUUCAUCUGAAAAUAAACACGGUUCUCAUGUGCCUUGUGACACAUUUAAUGAUUUUGUAUGUCUAUUUAAGCAAGAAAUUAUUACUCAAGAUCUACAGAAUCAAACAGUAUAUAUUGUGCUGGAUAAAGCAGAGCAGCUGAGGGAAAUGGAGGCAAAUGUGUUGCCAGGGUUUCUUAGACUACAAGAAAUGACAGACAGAAAUGUCACUGUUAUUUUCCUUAGUGAAAUUGUGUGGGAACUGUUUCGUCCAAACACUGGAUGCUUGGAGCCAUUCACCUUGUAUUUUCCUGACUACAGCAUAGGACAUCUACAAAAGAUUCUGUCCCAUUAUCAUCCUCCAGAAUAUUCUGCUGAUUUCUAUGCUGCGUACAUUAAUAUUCUGCUUGGUGUCUUCUACACAGUCUGCAGGGACUUGAAAGAGCUUCGACAUCUGGCUGCACUAAAUUUUACUAAAUAUUGUGAACCAGUGGUCAGAGGAGAAGCAAACGAACGUGACACACGUCGACUCUGGAAAAAUAUUGAAUCUCAUUUGAAGAAAGCAAUGCAGACUGUUUAUCUCCGGGAAAUAUCCAGCUCACAGUGGGAGAGAAUACAGCAGGAUGAUGGAGAACCUGGGCACUUGAAAGGACUUUCUGCACAUGCUCACGUAGAACUUCCUUAUUACUCCAAAUUCCUUCUAAUAGCUGCAUACCUUGCAUCCUACAAUCCUGCCAGGACAGAUAAGAGGUUCUUCCUUAAGCAUCAUGGGAAAAUCAAGAAGACAAACUUUUUGAAAAAACAUGAAAAGACCAGUAAUCACCUCCUUGGGCCAAAGCCAUUCCCCCUGGACAGAUUGUUAGCAAUAUUAUACAGUAUUGUGGACAACAAAGUUGCUCCAACUGCAAAUAUAUUUUCCCAGAUCACCUCUCUUGUGACACUCCAGCUUUUGACCUUGGUUGGCCAUGAUGACAAGCUUGAUGGACCAAAGUACAAAUGUACAGUCUCUCUAGACUUCAUCAGGGCUAUUGCAAGGACCGUGAACUUCGACAUAAUAAAGUACUUGUAUGAUUUCUUGUGAAAACAAGCCUCCCAGCCAUAUGGACACCGUGACAAUGACUAAAGCAAGCUGUGUUCCUCUAUCUACUUAGCUGGCCAGGGAGAGGAGCAUUUUGGCUCUCCUGGAUUUGUCCAAACAGGUGCUGGCCCAGCAUGCAAUCAGAUGAAAAUAUUCUGAUUGGUCUGGGUGGAUCUGAGCAGAGGACUAUUUACCGGGGACCCUGGAGUAUUUGGAAGCAAUGUGUUAAUUAUAAACAGCAGGGUUUGAGCACAAUCUGUUCUACUCUUAAUGAUGUUAUCUUAACACUGAAAUUGCCUGAAACCCAUUUACUUAAGACUACAUUUUGCUCUAUGAACUAUCCCCUGUGCUUUGAACAUGGCAGCAGCCCUUGUUUGUAUGCCCAGUCUUUUCACUUCCUCUCUGCAGGAAUCUUUGCAAUUGCCUGCCAAAGCAGCUUUUCCUAACGCCACCAUUUUAAGAGAGUGAAGCAGCAAAAUAUAAUAAACGUAAGUGCAUGUUUAAAAUCAA